AUGGUGAAGCUAGCAUCGGCGAGGGACUUUCGCACCUACGGGCCGGGCCUCUCAAAAAACCGCUUCGAGUACAUCAACGCGGGCUUUUACCUCAUUGCCUCCCUCCUCCUUCUUUCGGGCCUCGCGGCGCAGCUUUCAUCCGAUGCCCGACCGGGCCUCGUCCUUAUGAUCGCCGCCUUGGGCUUCAUCCUCCUUGUGAAUCUCCAUGAUCUCCUCGCCCAUCUCGUUGGCAUCGAUUUCUGGUUUCCCUUGAUGACCUUCGACCUUCAACUCGCCUUCGUCGAGUUCGCCGUUCCGCUCAUUCAGAUGCUCGGAACACUUCUUCCCUUUGUAGCACUCUUAUUACUUUUUAUUCAGGAGGUGAAAGGAUACGAGUACAUCAAAGUGGAGAAGGAUGCUCUGAACCUGCUUGUUGCUGGUCCUGUAUUGUGGGUGAUAGGAUCAAUUCAUAAUUCAUGCCAAAUUUAUGAGAGAGCGGACGGUCAUGAGAAGUCUAGAAAGACUUACCAUGGCAUUCACUUACUUGGUAGCACUUGGGUCUGGCUAAACAUAUGCGGAAGCCUAAUGUUCUUUAUCGGUGGGUUGACAAACUUAAUCAAAGUGUUCAAGAUGCAACAAAUGAAUGGAAUUAGACUGGAGAAACUAAGAGGUGGAGCGCACGAGCGUCUGGAGAGUUCAAGAGAAGGACGGGUUCCUCUGAUCAUUGAACGACAAACUAUAAGCCAUGAACCUCAGGAGACCAAAGUUACUUUACCUAUUCCUACUACUACUCCUUAUAAGGAUGUCCUUAUUGGUCAGGCUAAGUCAUGA